UUUUUUUCUUUUUCUUUUUUUUGAACCAAUCGCAGCAAUGAGCCUUCCGGCAGCAGACUCGUUCGCGUCGCCCGAUCGCGCAGGAUUCCUCACGAAACUCGGUGGAAAGGGCGCCUUUGCAAAGUGGCAGAGACGGUACUUUGUGCUCGAUGGCGGAAACCUCUUCUACUACAAGGACAUGGACGAGAAGGAGCCGCAGGGCGUCAUUGCGCUCGACACGUACAAUGCGUGUGAACGAGCGCCGGCUAGCGAAGGAAAGAAGGGCAAGCCCACGUUUAUGCUCACCAACACGCUCAUCCCGGACUCGGAGAAGAAGCGAAACUACUACGUGCAUGCCGAGACCGAGCGCGAUUUUACCGAUUGGAGCAAGGCCAUCACCACCGUCAUCGAGGGCCUGCAGUCUGGCAAGAUCACGCGGGUCCCUUACUCGAUGAGCCACGACGAGGCCGACAGCGGUGCCGCGGAAGCUGCUGCAACAGUCUCCUCGCCAGAGCCCGUCGUUGAGAAGGAAAAGCCGCCGGCUCCCUCAAAGCCGACGCGGAAAGCCAAGUCGGCAGCUGCAGAUGACGAUAGCAAUGCGGAACCCGCCUUCCCUGCCCCGGUUGCUGCAGAGCCCGCGACCAAGGAGAAACAUGUGCCUGCUCGGCCGCCUGCGCCUGCUGCCAAACCCGCGACCGCUGCGCGUCCCAAGUCGGCCUUGUCUGACGACGAGGACGCCAAAUCUGACGAGAAGGAUCAAGCAAGCACAAAGGCAACACCGUCAGCAACGGCAACUGCAGCAGACGCUGCUGCUCCCGAGGCGGACAAACUGCAUGUCAGCGAAACGCCAGCCAAGGCUGGUCGCUCGCCCGUCCCUGCGCCACGAUUUACGGGAUCUUCAGAAUCACCAGCGGCCUCGUCUUCUUCAACCUCGGCUGCGGCUCCUGCUCCGACAGCCGCCGCGGCUGCAUCCGCCGAGACGCCAAAAGCAGCUCCUCGGCCAACACCACGCCCCAAGCAACCUGCCGCAACGCCUGCCGCAACGCCUGCUGCUGCUGCUGCUGCUGCUCCUCCAGCCGCUGCUCCAUCAAGCGCCCCUACACCCUCAACCAAUACCUCGCUGGAUCUCCUGGAUGUCACCACCCGACCACUAUCCUCCCUGACCAAGUCCCGGCCAGCACAAAAGGGCAAGCGACCUCCGACCCGCAUUGGCGGUGCUCGCGCAGUGAGCGCCUAUGUGCCAAGCGCAGACUCUGACGACGACGACGAUACACCGCCGCCCGCCCCGAAGCCUGCCCAUGUCCGCGCAGCUGAGGCCACCGCUGCUGCCAUUGCUGCGAGCAAGAAGCCGGAAGUCCUCACCAAGCCGUCCGAGGUUGCCAAGGAUGAACCCUCCUCGAAGGACUCGUCUGACAGCACCAAGACGCCGGCGGUUCUCCCACGACCUUCACUGACCAAACCGAGUGUUUUGCGCAAGGCUUCCAUCGAUCCGACUUCGCCAACAGAAGCAUCUCCCGAGCCUUCCACCGCAGCUUCCGCCACCGCCACGGAGGCGCCGGCAGCUGCCAAGGCGGGCGCACCAGCGCCAAUGCCCAAGAAGAAGCCCACCGUGGAUGCCGCAGAUACCACAUCGCCCGAAGCAACAUCCACCAAGGCGCAGCCUCCCGCUCCGGCCCCGAAAAAGAAGAGCAUCUUUGAGCCCGAAACUACUGCAGCCACCACCGAUGCCGCGGCAGCCAGCAAAGCGUCGCCCCCGGCGCCCUUGCCCAAGAAAAAGUCCAUCGACCUCGAACAGGCCUUUGCAUCACGACGGGCUGCGGACGACGACAAGCCUGCAGCCGCCUCUACCACCGCCACCGCCGCCGCCGCCGCCACUACGGCAGAGGCCUCCGAGAAGGCUGCGCCACGCGUCAUGCCGAAGCGCCCUCAGACAAUGGCCUUUGGCGCCAACUUUUCCGUCACCAGUCCCGACAGCAACCCUGCCGCUCCCGCUCCUGCCGCAGGUGGUAGUGGCAGCGGCGGCAGUGUGGCCUCGCGUUGGCAACCAGGUGCAUCGGCAAUCCCCAUCAUUGCACCUCGCCCAGCUGUGCCUCGGCCACUGGCCAAGUCCACCGACUCGCCCAAAUCCGAGGAUAGCAAGUCGCCACCUGCCGCCGCAGCAGCACCUGCAGCGGCACCAGCGCCAGCGACGAAAGAGCGUCCAAGCGUCGCACUCAAAAAGCCGCAAGAGCACGAGCAUGCACACGACGCGGACAGCCGGUCUGACGCAGAAAUCCGUGCUGAGACGCUGGAGGCGAAUGCCAAGGCAAAGGAGUUUAUGGCCCAGGCGAAGGCUGCCCGCGAUCUCGCGCACAAGAUGAUGGAAGAGGCGACUGAGAAGCUUGCCGAGGCCGAGCGCGAGCUUGCCGCCGCGAAAGCAGAGCGGCAGGAAGCGCAGCAGCUGUUGGCACAAGCGCAUUCGGAUGUUUGAAAAGCGAUCUUCGGCCGUCCUCACUGUGUUGCAUGUGUUUGUGCGUGUUCAAGUGUGCACCUGUGUGUUUGUGUCGUUGGGAGAGUUUGUGGGUGUAGUGUACAAUUCAACGUGUCUGUGCAUGGAUUGGUGUUUUUGUGUGUGUCGACUGUGUUCAUUUCUCGUGUGAGCAUUGUCGUACAAGUACAAGUGUGCAAAGUAGC